AUGUACUACAAGGAGAUUGCUAUUAGUUUGGCUGCAGCUUGGGGACUUUUCUAUUCCUAUGCAUUGUACCAUAAUGAUUUUAAAUUAUCAUUCCUGAUCGAUCGUUCAAUAGUGAUUGAAAACAAAACACCUGAUCAAGUAUUUAAAUAUAUUAUUGAUAAGAGGAAUUAUCCUCUCGGAAUGGUGAAAGGAUUGUAUGAAAUUGAUCCUGCCAAUGCUCCAACAAACAGUAUGAUAGUUGGAAAAACCAAGUUUAAAGUGGAUUUGGAAAAAUUGGGUAAAACUGAUGUUGUUCUUUCUCAUUGGUCUCCAAAGCAAUAUCCAUAUCAAUUUGGAUGGGUUGGAGUCAUGGUACACAAGUAUAUUUUCAGUGGGGAUCAUUACUUUGUGGUUGCUGAGGAUUUGGAUAAGAGAAAUACCAAAUUGGUUCACAGAGAAAUGAUUACUGGAUUGAAUACACCUGUGGUUCGAUUGUGGCAUGAAUGGACUGGCUAUAUUGAAUAUUAUACAACCUAUUUACAAGAUGUUAAAAAGUACAUGGCAAUGAUGUAA